AUGUCAUCGGCUCAUUUUUUUUGUGCCCGCCCAGAUGGGGGCUUGACUCCCAUGAUCCCGCUCGAUGAGCUCCCUGUCGAUCUUUCUGUCCGUGGAAUACCUCGUACUAUCACUGCUGCUGAGACUCAAGGUAUGACUUCUUGUGGCGUUGCCACUGCUCGUUCUGAGCCAUGGGUUGUUGAUGGUGCUACGCCCACCGCUCUCAAUGAAGAUUUGAGCCAGCUCAAGUCUGCCCUCAUCAAGUUCAUUAGUGAUGGAAACAUCCCGGCCGGUGCUCGUUCUAUUGUUCAGAAUUUUUUGACUCGUCAUCUCGAUGCUGUUCCCAUGGGCCAGGUUGUCUCUUCCACAUCCACUCAGGACGCCCCUGCGUAUGCCAAUGCCCAUGAUUCUAUGGCAACUCUCCCUGCUGCGAACUCUGCCAUUGUUCAGCAGAAUGCAGCCUCUGCUGGUGAUGAGCGUCGCUCAAUCCACCGCAAGAAGUAUUGCUCUUACUGGAUUCGCCAUGGCGAGUGUGACUAUCAGCAACAGGGUUGCCUUUACAAACAUGAAAUGCCCGUCGAGCCUCGUUUGAUUGAGGAACUUGGGCUGCGUGAUAUCCCUCGAUGGUAUCGUGAGAAGCACAAUGUGCCGAGUAUGCUUCACCCAACUUAUCGGGCUCCCAUUGCUGCCGAUAUGGCUCAGCUUGCCAUUGGGGGUACACCCAAUCGUCGUGCCAUUGAGUACACCGAGGCUAUGACUCCUAGCGAGCGGCCCGCUUCUUCUGACAAUGCCCAUCAUCGUGUUGGCAACAACCGUAACAAGGCUCGCGCUGCCCAGAAUGCCAAGUCGCGUGUCAAUGGCCGCAAUGGCAACGGAAACCGUAAUGCUCCCAACGGCGUGAGCGUUAUGAACAACGCCACUCAUAAUAUCACUCCAGAGAACAGUAACAGCUCUGGAAGUCCUGUGGAUAAUGUUUCUUCUAAGUCCAAUGGCUCCCGGGCUCCCCUUGCUGUGCAGGCGGAUGUUAUUAACCCUGUCUCUACUGCGUCGCAGGCACUUCAGCCUCUCAUCGCCAAUGAGCCGUCUACUCCGUUUGGGUCCGCUCCACUUGGGAUGCAUUCUUAUCCCGUUACUCAUCUCCUUGACAAUGAUGCCGUGACCCAGUCGAGCAUCUUCCCGGCUCAUUUCCCAGUCCGGUCCCCCCAGAACCACGUGGAGGACGGCCUGAACUUUGCCAACAGCUCGGCCCCUCCUUUCCGUCCCUCCGGAAUGAUUCCCCGCCGACCCUCUCGACGUUUGUUCGAUUUUGGUAAUGAUGGUGACAGCAAGCGUCACCUUAGCCCCAAGUCUGGGUCCCCCAUCGAAAACGCGAAGAUUCAAGAGCGCAAGCCCGUUCCUAUUCUGUCUACCAUGGGAAUCUUGCUGCGACGUCUCCGUGAUGAGUCUGACCCAAUCCACCCUCACCAGGUACUUUUCAAUUUCGGCGCCAUCGGUGAAGACCUCAUUAUGCCUCCGAUGAUCCAAUGUCCCAAGACUGGUAUUCUCAUUGAUCCCGAGGUUGAUGAGAUUGUUCCCUCGCAGGCUUCCCCUGCCAUGUAUAUGCCUCUGUUCCGGGGCAUGUAUGAGGGAGCCAAAUAA